GUAAAAUAAACUUUACUUCUCUUUAUCGGCUGGGUCGGGUCGGCUGCGUCGUUACCCCCACUUCUCACAAUCAGUCCAAAUCAACCCCAUUCAUUUGCCAUCAUUCCUUCACAAUCACCCCAAACAGUCUUUGAAGUAUCAUUAUCCAACCACCUGUUUUUUGUUUCGGGAAUUUCAAUCCAGACUGGAGGAAUUUAGGCCCACAUUUUGACCCCGUUUUGUUGAAAGCGCCGACCCCAAACCCAGCUGCGUUGUUGACAAUAAGUGGGCAGUGCACGAACGUAAAACAUGCCGAGGGGUACAGCACGACCGACCAGCUCUACGACCCAUCAUUACAAGCCGAGAAUUCUUAUAACUUCGUCGUCAAACAAACAGCAGCAGCAGCAUUUUUCGAGUCUUCCUUGCCCGAGUUUUGACUCGGAGAUUCCCAGUAACUCGUACUUGGACGAAGUGGUACCCAACUGGGCGGAGGGUUUCGAGGACUUGUUGGACGUCGUGGACUGCACUCCGGAUCUUGCCACAAAAGGAACGCGUCCAACACUCGGCAGACCACUGGCAAAAAGGAAGUUGGACUUAGACGUGCCAACCAGUCCCGAAGUAGGUCUAGUGAAUUCCUUCAAAACGCCCAGCCCAAGAGUCACAAAGAAGCGUGUGUUAAAACCCAGUCCUAAAAGUAUGCCUAGAGUUGUCAAAUCACCAUUGGAGAAAUCUCGUUACGACACGUCGCUAGGUCUUCUAACAAAGCGUUUUGUCGGGCUAUUACGAGGUGCCCAAGAUGGUGUCCUAGACCUUAACGUAGCUGCAGAAGUCUUAAAAGUUCAGAAGCGUCGCAUCUACGACAUCACAAACGUCUUAGAAGGAAUCAAGCUCAUCACGAAGAAGUCGAAAAACAACAUACAGUGGAAAGGUACAACCAACUCAGUCGCAGCCCAACACCAGCAGUUUCCUUACCACGACCAGACAGCACCCAUCACAGCAGCAUCUGUUAAUCUACACUCAGAUCUUGCAGAUCUCGAUCUACGAGAACGGAAACUAGACGACCUGGUCCACAAUGCAACGGUGCAGCUCAAGAUGCUGACAGAAGACCCCGACAACGCUAGAUAUGCUUAUGUCACAUACCACGACAUCCGUAGCAUCGAGAGCUUUGAAGAUCAAACAGUUAUAGCAAUCAAGGCGCCGCCAGAGACAAGACUAGAGGUACCCGACCCCAGAGAGAGCAUCCAGAUUUGGUUAAAGAGCACCAGAGGUCAGAUUGAGGUUUACCUUUGUCCUGAAGAAUGUAGCAAAGAAGACAGUUCAUCGGAUACCAGUGGGUCACCGGCAAGUAGUAAAGGUGAUCCAGCUUUGAAGUCUUCCACAGUCGACGAAGAUGACAUCUCCCCCCUCAACAAGAGCUUCCUGAUGGAAACGGAAGACCAGAACAGUACUGACGACUUUGACGAUUUUGUCCCUCUCUCCCCGCCCGCUGUCGACGAUUAUUUAUUCGCAUUAGAAGACAAUGAAGGUAUCUCAGACUUAUUCGAUGCUUACGAUCUGUUCUAAGGAUCAAGCAAUUCAUAGCAUCUAUCUAGAUUGUUUCUCGUCGCCUCAGGGCCCAAUUUCAUAGCGCCGUUUACCGCGGAAUUCCGCGGUUAUCAUCACAUACUACGCUAAGUGCGCCAGCAAAGAAAUCCUGCGCUAAUUUUUAAGCACAAAUCCUUAGUGACGGAGUGUGCUUAUUUACGCAAGUCAACAGCCAAGGUCUACGUCUGAAAAAGAAAUCAUCCAGUUUGUUGAACACUCGUUGAUGCAGCAUUGUUUGUGCCAGAGGUAGUUUCUAAAAAUUAAAUUCCUUUUGUACACUUAAAGACAUCUUCCGUUUCAUAUUCUAUUCUGGAAUACUUCCAACAACUAAGUGCCUUAAAAAAUCAUUUAAACCCAACUCGAAUACUGAAGAGAAAAUUUCAAACUUCCAUUUUCAGUAAAUAUUGUAUUAUUAGUAAUAUUUCCCAUUUAAAUUCAUUCCAAAAGAUAUCUUGACUUUUUUUCUAUUGUGCCUUGUUUCAUAUACCAGUUUUCACGUUUCUUGGUGUAUGUUUUGUGAAGAGAUAAAUAAAAGAAAUUACUUUAGACAAAUUUAAA